AUGUUCGUCAAGACUCUCAUCUUCGCUCUCGCUGCCGCUGGCGCUGCGACCGCCCAGGUCCAGAACUACACCAGCUCGCUCGACAUGAAAAUCGACCCUAACCAGGUCACUGCUCAGGAGCGAGCUCAGUGGUGCAGCGCCGAGACCAAUAGCUGCUCUCAGCUCUGCAACAACAACGACAGCACGAAUACAUGCUCUCCCACCACGCUCGACUACUCUUGCAUCUGUAGCUCCAAUAACAGCGCUCCAGGUCUCGAGUUCUACGCUCAGACUAUGCCCACUUCCAUCUGCCUGAAGCUCUUCGACCUCUGCAACUCUCAGAACGUCGGCAACGCUAGAAACCAGGAGGCUUGCAAGACCAACAUCAUGUCGCACUGCGGUACCCAGGACCCUACUAAGGCCACUACGGGCAGCUCCAGCAGCGCUUCCGGCUCUUCCACCUCUGCCUCUCCCCAGGCUACUAGCCAGACUGGUGGUAGCGGUACCGCCUCGUCGACUAGCAGCAGCCACGGCCUGGCCGCUCCCACCAUGGCCGCUGGUCAGGGUAUCGCCGCUGCCGCCGCCGCCGUGGGCGUUUUUGCUUACUUCAUCUAA